CUGUGUCUCUGUCUGUGUCUCUGUCUCUCUGUCUCUCUGUGUCUCUGUCUCUGUCUCUCUCUCUCUCUCUCUCUCCAUUCAUCAACUCAAAGAACUAGGAUAGCUCUCCCACCUCACAUCACAUGGCGAAGAGCAAGGUCCUCAUCGUAGGCGGCACCGGCUACAUGGGGCGGAGGCUCGUGCGGGCAAGCCUGGACCAGGGACACCCCACGUACAUCCUCCAGCGGCCCGAGAUCGGCCUCGACAUCGACAAGCUCCAGAUGCUGCUGUCCUUCAAGAGGAGCGGCGCCCACCUCAUCGAGGGCUCGUUCUCAGACCCAAGGACCCUCGUCGAUGCCGCGAGGCAGGUCGACGUUGUCAUCUCUGCCAUGUCGGGCGUCCACUUCCGGAGCCACAACCUCCUGCUGCAGCUCAAGCUCGUGGAGGCCAUCAAAGAAGCUGGAAAUGUUAAGCGGUUCUUGCCGUCGGAGUUCGGGACGGACCCAUCCCGCAUGGGUCAUGCACUUGAACCAGGAAGGGUCUCUUUCGAUGAGAAGAUGGAGGUGAGAAAAGCAAUUGAAGAGGCUAAAAUCCCUUUCACAUAUAUCUCGGCCAACUGCUACGCUGGUUAUUUUGUGGGCAGUCUCUGUCAACUAUCAACUCUCACUCCACCAAAAGAAACCGUAUGUCUUUAUGGAGAUGGCAACGUAAAAGCUAUCUUUCUCGAUGAAGAUGAUAUCGCAACGUACACAAUAAAAACGAUUGAUGAUCCGAGAACACUGAACAAGACUGUGUACCUGAGGCCACCUGAGAACAUUGUGUCCCAAAGACAACUGGUGGAGCUGUGGGAGAAGGUCAGUGGAAGGACCCUGGAGAAGAGAAGCAUUUCUGCAGAAGACUUCCUUGCCUCCAUGAAAGGAUUGGGCUAUGCAGCGCAAGUGGGAAUGGGCCAUUUCUACCACAUAUUCUAUGAAGGCUGCUUGACAAACUUUGAAAUUAGCGAAGAUGGAGAAGAAGCUUCCCAGCUUUAUCCUGAAGUUCAAUAUACCCGCAUGGAUGAAUACCUGAAGAUUUAUGCAUGAUCGUACUAAGAAGAAGAUUUGCCAUCGAUGACCGUGCUCUUUUCAGUCUCAGGAGAAAAUAAAGACCAUCUCAGAGCAUUCCUACAAUGGUUCAAGCCAACGUUUUCCGGGUAAUUCAAUAGUUGUUUCUUGUAAUUUGUGAAAAUAAGAUAACUCACGCUUGUAAGUCGACUUAAAAAUUCAGAUAUUGCCAAUAGGCACUCUUCUGUUUCAUAAUAUAGCUCCCAGUCAUUUGAGGACAUUCCAGUUACAGAGAAGAAGCAAUUUGUGCAUUUCUA